AUGAAGUACUCCUUGACCGCACUGGCAGUCCUCGCCCCCGAGCUUGGCUCAGCUCUCGUCGGCAACAGCUGGUCCUUCACCGGACAGCCUGCAGGAGGCCUAAAAGACGUCACGUUCCCGUUCAACAUGGCUGGUGCUUCUCACACUUCCGGCUACUACUUUGCCCAACAGUUUAAUUUUUAUGGCGUCGACUCCGUGGGAUACUGCGGCAUCCAGAACCGACCCAACAAGAAUGGCAAGAGCAUUGUCCACGGCGUCUUCUCCUCGUUUCAAAAAGGCGCCACGACCUCGGACCCCAACUGCCACGCCGGCGCCGAUGGCGGCCCCGGCGUCAGCUGUGCCGUAGACUUUGAAGGCGACUACGGCGUGACGUACAACAUUGUCGUGGAGAAUGCGGGUGGAACGAAGUGGAAAGGAACAGCCGUCAACACCGCCACGGGCAAGUCCGUCCACAUCGGGAGCUGGACAUUGCCUACGAGUGCGAAGGGUAUCAGAAGCAGCCAGGUUGGCUUCGUGGAGUACUACCCCUGGAACUCGGGCAGCCACAAGUGCUCUGACCUUCCCAAGACGUCCGUCACCAUGUUUAACCCUACUUCCAGGACUGCCGGUGCGGGGACCGGAAGCAUUGGAAAGCCAUACGAGUACGGGGACUGUGUGGGCAAGGUCAACUUUUCGACCACCAAGGUCACUGGUGGAUACAAGAUUACUGUUGGCUUUUAG